UGCAGUUAGUCACGCUCUCGACAGGACAACACCAGAAGCAGCAGUGUUCCCUGUAGAGGCAUUCCGAGGAUUCCUUGCGCUCCGUCCUCUCUACCUGUCCAACAGGUGUAGCUGGCUGACGCGCUUUGAGGCUCUCUGAGGCACAAGGAGCCGGUAAGAGAGAGCUAAUCAAGGUAAUCAAUGGGCGAGUGUCUUCGAAAAGCUUGCCCAUGUCUGGACGCGCUAUGGCAGAGGAUUUUCAACGAUAAAAAGCCUCCUCCUGGAGCAGAAGAUGGAGGACGUGGUGGAGGAGGAGAAGGUGGGGGAGGUGGUGGUGAGGUAGACAGCAGCAAUGACGGCUCCAGUGUGGAGAGACCACCGAUUGCAAUCGCCCCGUCGGACACAGUGCCCCAGGGCGGCUCCGUCUACAAGGCGCUCUGGCAGUUUGAAUCCCGGCACCCGGAUGAGCUGUCGUUCCAGGAGGGAGAUCUGUUCAGCGUUAUCAACCGCAGCGGAGACUGGUGGACCGCGCGCAAGAUCGAGACGAACGGGCGCGUCCUGGAGACCGGGAUCGUGCCCCAAAACUACCUGGAGCGGGCCGAGUCCCUACAGAUGCAACAGUGGUAUUUUGGGAAAAUGAACCGCUUCGAGGCCCAAGGCCACCUGCUGGGAUCAGGAAAUGCCCACGGAGCUUUCCUCAUCCGACAAAGUGAGAAAGACAACGUUGGACACGUUCUUUCGGUGAGGUCAAGCACUCAGGUCAAGCAUUUCAAGGUCCUCAAAACAGACGACGGUUCUUUUCACGUGGCGUACAACCACCGAUUUAGCUCUCUGAUCGACUUGGUGGAGUUCUACAGCGCCAACAGCCUGAACAACACCGUCACACUGGGAAACCCGUGCAAGAGGAAAAAGCCCACCACCCCAGAUUUGAAUCACUUUACAGUGGAUGAGUGGGAGCUCCCGAAAGAUGAGUUCACCCUGGAGGAGAAGCUGGGCACUGGAUGCUUCGCUGAAGUCUACCGGGGACGCUGGAAAAAUCACAUUAAUGUCGCCAUCAAGAUCAUCAAAAGUGACUCGGAGUUGAACCACCAUGAAUUUCAGAGGGAAGUUCAGAUCCUGAAGAGUCUACGCCAUCGUCACCUCAUCUCUCUGUUUGCUGUCUGCACAGCCUCAGCCCCUUACUACAUCAUCACUGAGCUGAUGGAGAAAGGCAGCCUGCUGAGUUUCCUCAGAGGUCCAGAGGGGCACAAUCAAGACAUUGCAUCACUCAUUGACAUGGGUGCCCAGGUGGCUGAUGGGAUGUCAUACCUGGAGGAGCAGAACAGCAUCCACAGAGAUUUGGCAGCUCGAAAUGUCCUGGUGGGGGAGCAUUAUAUCUGUAAGGUGGCUGACUUUGGACUAGCCAGAGUGAUCAAGGAGCCGUUCUACAUCACAGACGAUAAAAAGAUGCCCUACAAGUGGAGCGCUCCUGAGGCCAUCAGCCACGGGAAGUUCUCCAACAAGUCAGACGUCUGGUCUUUUGGUGUCUUGCUCUAUGAGAUUUUGACCUAUGGAGGCGCUCCUUACCCAGCAUAUAACAACCAGGAAACAUACCAGCAAGUUACCAACGGGUACAGGAUGCCAGCUCCGCCCAAUUGUCCAGACUCUCUCUACAAAAUUAUGCUCAACUGUUGGAGCACCAAGGUUGACGACAGGCCAGACUUUAAGUCCCUCAAGGUGAAACUGGACAGCAGCUCCUACGAGAUGGAAUGACCGCCACCUUCCACAACCUGCAGUACAACCUCAGCACCACAGAGAGGCCGACACGGAGCCGGGAUCACGACAGCUUUUCACUGAGGACUCUUAAACGGAAACUAAACGGAUUUUACAGGCUCUUGCGGAGAAAGACUUUGAAUGUGUGUUUGCAAUGUGCAAAAAUGCAACGCCUGAUGUACUUUAUUCAGUCCACUAGGCCGAUUGAUUAUUCUCAUUAUCGAUUAAUCUGAUGAUUUUGCGGAGAUUAAACCAAAAAUGUAAAUAUUUCUCUGCUUCUGGCUUGUACAAUGUCACAAUUUGCCGAUUUGUUUAGUCUUCCGUGAUAAACUAAACUCUAUUUGGGUUUUGGUCCCUUGGUAGAACAAAAAAAGAUGUUUAAAUAUGGUAAUUUGGGUUUUUAACGCUUGAAAAGCAGCAACAAGUCUGGAACCGGAGAUUGGCAUCAGUACAAGAAAGAAUGACUUCAAAGAUUAAGCAGUUAAUAAAACAGCUGCUAAUGAAUUUUAUCUUUUCGAUCGAAUAGUGAGAAAUAUAGAAUCGAAUAUAGAACCAUGAGAAGCCAUAUGCGAUGAGAUUUAGUAUCAGCUGAAUGUUUGAGAUUAAUGUGAAUUUUAAACGUAUCCUUCAUGUUGCCUCUUGUCACCAUUUGAAGGAAUACUUCACCUUCAAAAUGACUAUUUGUAUAUCAGUUACUCCCCCCGUUACCUUGAAUUCUUGAGGAAAACUUUGAAACGUCUUGAUGAAUUGAAGUAAAUGGGGGCCGCGUUUAACCACCGCAAAUCUAUAUCAAAACAUCAGUUUACAAACUCUCACACAACUCAUGCAGUAUAUUCUAUGUCUCAUGCAUCUUUGCUAAAAAAAACAGCAAGUGUGACAAUAGUGGCAGAAGAUGCACGUGUUUCAGAAGUGAGCAUACGACUAGAUAAACGAGAUUUACUGCACAAGUUGUGUGAGAGUUUGAAACUGAUGUUUUGAUAUAGUUUCGCUCAGUUUUUGAUCCUCUGUUCACUCUGGAGGCAUGUGAGAAAACAAAGUUUUCUUCAAGAAUUCAAGGUAACACUGGGUGAGUAAUUAAUAUACAAAUAGUUAUUUUGUAUGUGAAAGUUCAUGCUAAACCUUUAAAACAACACUUGACAAAACAAUCUCACCCAAAGAUCCAUUUAGUAGCUGCUAUGGAGCUUCUUAUCACUUCACAUGAUCUUCACCAUCAGAGAGAGUUUGAUCGAGGCAAAAGAUAAACAUUGAAAAUGGAAAAGUGACUACAUGACAACCGGGCUGACACUCAACAUCCGCCGAUGAGGAUCACGUGAUCAAAAGCUACGCAAAGAGGCAAACUAAAGUGUCUCCAUUUCAUUUGUGCUGAGUGAAAUCAAAGUAAGCAAAUGUGAUUAACAGCUCCAACUAAAAAUGUUGAGUCACGACAACCUCAAAACAUUUAGAGAGACAUACACCAGCAGCCUUGUACAAAUUGAUUUGUAAAGCUUUCAACAAACUCAUUUUACUUUAAUAAAUGUCUUACUUGUCGAUAAAGUCAAUACUAUCAGCUGCAAUGUUAGGCUUUGUCCAGAGAGGGGCAGCACACACACACUCAUUGUAUAAAUAUCUUCUUCACAGCUCAUACACCAGCAGUAUUUCAACAGUUCCUCUCAAAGUCCAGUCUUCUCUAAAAAACAAAUAGUAUAACUUAGUUUAACGUAAAUGUUUUUUCUGCUUUCCUUAUCUGUUAAUCAUCUUGUAAACCCUAAAAUUCAUCUAGUGACAGCUUGUGGAGGUCUCGAUCCUCAGGUUAAGAACAAGUGCUACAGAUAUAAAAUCAGAGAUGCACCGAUAGUGAUAUCGAAUAUAGAUCUGAUUCUGAGUCAAAUAACUGGAUCGGGGAUCAGUGACGAUGGGCUGAUCAUGUAUUGGAUAUCAUUAUUUAAAUAAAAUAACAAUUCAGUACAUUUAUGUUCAUGGUUUACAUUUUGUUUUACAGAGUUACAAAAGCAAUGUUUACAGCCUGAUGUUGCCUUAUACAUUACAGAAUAAUCUCAGUUACUUCCACACAGUGAGGCAUACGGGUAUCGGAUCGGUACUCAACAUCGAUACCCAAAUACCUGGUAUCGGAACUGAAAAAGUAAGAUCGGCAAGUCACUAAUAUAGAAAAUAUAAGAAAUGUGAAAUGUGAUAUGUGGAUUAUAAGGAACAGACCAACAGUUUGGGAAUAAAGAGGGACAAUGCACAUGUCAACAUCAGCAAUGAUGUUAUGAAUCUAUAAAUAAUAUGAUUGUGACAAGUGCUAAAGAACACUUUUGAUAAUGUGCAUUUAUGUACGUCAAGGAAAGUGCUUCCCAGACAAUGGGUCUGCAUUUGAUGGGUCAAAUGCAGAGGUCAAAUUUCGUGUAUGUGUAUAUGUAUAUGACAAUAAAAAGGGU